AUGUCUAAAGAUGAAUUGAAAUUUCAAAUGGAAUAUGCUUCCACAUACGAAGAUUGGCUUCAGGCCGCCGAGAAACUGGACAUGGCAGAAGGAAAAUAUGAAUGGCGAGAACGACCCGAAUCAGAAGAGUACAACUACAAGUUAGUUGAAAGCAGACUUCAUGAAUUGAAGAAACUUCGGCUUUCUGGAGACGUGAGGCUCAUGUUUGGAAUUUUACAAAGUUCAGUUGCGAGAGACUUUGCAAACCUAGAUAAUAGUCAAUUAUACAAUUACGCAUAUUCUGGAACAAAAAAACUGAUUGAUGAAUUUAUUCAGGAAGUUCUAUUGUGUGUUGAGUUUCUGGAAGAGAGCCCAGAAGUAUCGAUGGAGGAAAAGCUAGUUGAGUUUUCGAAACUCAAGUUUACUGUGGGAAAUACAGCUUUGAUAUUGAGCGGAGGAGGUACGUUUGGCAUGAAUCAUAUAGGUGUUUUGAAAGAUCUGCAUGAACAAGGCCUGGUACCGAAGAUCAUAUGUGGCUCGUCUGCUGGAGCCAUUGUUGCGUGUGCAGCAGCAGUACGAAACACGGAAGAACAAAAGAUACUAUUAAAGCAAUUUCACACGGGAGAUUUGAAUGUAUUCACUGAUCCGAACCUUCCUCCGCUUUCUUUGUGGGCAAGUUUAAAACAGUACUUUACAAAGGGAUGUGUUUUGGACAUUUGUCAUUUAGAAAGAGUGUUGAAACUGUUGAUUGGUGAUUAUACGUUUCAAGAAGCAUUUGACCGAUCAGGCUAUGUCUUGAACGUUACGGUCUCUUGUGGCAGUUCGUAUGAGAUGCCUAGUUUGCUAAACUACAUUACGACGCCGAAUGUUCUCAUUUGGAGUGCGGUAGUGGCGACAUGUUCAGUACCGUUUCUAUUUCAGCCUGCGACGUUAUGGGAAAGAGAUCCAUUGACACGAGAAAUUGCGGCGUUUUGUGUGACGGAUGCGCCUUUAUGGAUGGAUGGUUCGGUCGACAAUGAUAUCCCGCAUUCGAAGCUUACCGAGCUGUUUCAUGUGAACCAUUUUAUUGUGUCGCAAGUGAAUUUUCACAUUGUACCAUUUAUCAUGGAUCCGACAUCUCACAGUUGGUGGGAACGAUGUGCGAAAAAGGCGAUUGAUUUAGCGGCACAGGAGGUGAGUCUUACAUUUCGGCUUUUAUCGGAAAUAGGGAUUUUCCCUACAUUUUUCACCAAGCUUCAAUCUGUAAUUACACAAAAAUACUCUGGAGACAUUACGAUUCUUCCAAAAUUAAAUUAUCGACAAGUCAAGAAGGUGAUAAAAAAUCCAACGCCUUCGUUCCUGCUAGACGCUAUGACAAGAGGAAAGCGAGGAACAUGGAAAAGGAUUCCAGUGACACGAAACCACUGUGCGAUUGAAAUUUUGAUUGAGAGUGCAUACACACGCAUUGUGAAAAAACUACAAGCAGAAGGAAAGACAAAACGAGAAAUUGACAUGAUUCCAAACCGGUUCAACGCGGGUCGCGUGAACGCGCAAGCACAAAAAAGGUUGCUACAUGUGCAUUCGUAA